UGACAAGAACAUAUCGGACAAUUUAGUUAAAAUUAAUAGAAUUUUUUGAUCAGUUUAGUUAUCGAACAAAAAAAAUUAAUUUUCCAUUGAUCGGAUAUGUCCGGCAGUCCUGGGACUUAAAACCGGCUUCGUCUGAGCGGUGGUGGCGCUGCCAGUGGCCAACGUACCCCUCGCUCUUUCUCAUCACAGUUCGGGUUCAACUCUUGCAUCGUUCAGACACCCUCGCCGGGGCCACCCCUUUCACAAUACACGACACGACGAGUUCUGAUUGUGUCCCACAUUAGGCAAAGGUUCAAAAAAUGAUGCUGAAUCGCCAACGUUGACUAGCCGGAAGAAGAAGAUGGAGAUUUGGCUGCGGUUGCUUGCCUUCUCCUCGUUCCUGCUUCUUGCCGGAAGAGCCGUGGAUCCAAGUUGCGAAUGUCUCGUGUUUUCGAGCACCUUUGGCAAGGACCAGGGGAAGUUCAGCAGUCCCGAUUUCCCGAAGCCGUAUCCGAACGAUAUCAACUGCAUUCUGUACACGUUCAUCGCCGGCUCACAUGAAAUCAUCGAGCUGACCUUUACGGAUUUCAGCGUGGGAACUGCUGGAAAAGAGUAAAACCUUUAAUGAAAUAACUAAG